UCCAGUUUGGCGAUUCCCAAGUUCCAACUAUAUGGCUCUCUUCCACUCAUCAAACUCCCACCUCCAAUCUUCAAACUUAGUUCUUAUUCUGUUCCACAUUUUCUUAUUCUUCUCAUUCUCUAUCGUCUCUGCAACACCAUUAUCCUUCAACUACCCCAAGUUUCCAUCGGAUAUGGCAGACGAACUAGAAUUUCAGGGACAUGCCUACCGCUCCUCUUCGAAUACACUUGUACUCACCAAAGCAGAAGCUAUCAAAGCUUUUAAUUCCAGUGCCGGUCGAGUCAUAUAUAAAAAACCCAUUCACCUCUGGGACAAUGCCACCAACAACCUCACAGACUUCAUCACCCAUUUCUCCUUUUCCCUUUCCUUUGAUAAGGAUUCUAAAUAUAUGCCGGGCGACGGAUUCACCUUCUUCCUUGCUCCCAAUUCCUCCCUCCCUCCUCUUCCAACUGCUGAUACUAAUGUCAUUGCUUCUUCGUCAGGUCAAUUCCUUGGUCUUUUUGACAAUAAGACUGGAACCAAUGCAGGUGAGAAUCAAGCUGUUGCAGUAGAGUUUGAUACAUACUCAAAUGAUGGAGAAGACCCAAAAUAUCGUCAUGUAGGUAUUGACGUUAAUGCAAUCAUAUCUGUUAAAGAAGUUCAAUGGGAUAUUAAUGGUACAAACGAGGUGAAAGGCGAUGUUCAGGUCAGUUAUAAUUCUAGCACAAAAGACUUGAGUGUUUUCUUGAUAUAUGUUGACGGAACGAAGGGAAGUGAGACCCUUAGCCUCUCCUAUAGGGUAGAUUUGAGAAAUAAAUUGCCGGAAUGUGUUAAUAUUGGCUUCUCUGCUUCAACAGGAUGGAGUUUCGAAUUCCAUAGUAUUCUCUCCUGGAAUUUCAGUUCAAGCUUGGAGAUAAGAAAUUCUGAGACUGGAACUAAUUCAAGCUUGGUGAAUAGCAACAAUUCAAAGCAAAACAAGGGUUUGGUGGUGGGGUUGGUUGUUGGUACAAGUGCCUUGAUUGGUUGUUUGGUUAUGAUUUUGCUAGUCCUGAAAAAGAAAAGGAAUAGGUCGCCCGAUGCCUCAAUGGACGAAGAUUUUGAAAGGGAAACGGGACCCAAGAAGUUCUCAUAUGCCGAAUUGGUGCGUGCAACAAAUAAUUUCAAUGCGGAAAUGAAGCUUGGAGAGGGAGGAUUUGGAGGAGUUUAUAGGGGUUUCUUGAGUGAUCGUAAGUUGGAUAUAGCUGUCAAAAGAAUUUCUGAAGGAUCUAAGCAAGGGAWAAAAGAAUACAAGGCAGAGGUAAAGAUCAUCAGUCAGCUAAGGCACAGGAAUUUGGUGAAACUUGUUGGUUGGUGCCACAAAAAGAGAGAACUCCUCCUGGUGUAUGAGUUCAUGCCCAAUGGUAGCCUUGAUUCUCAUCUCUUCAAAGRUAAAACCUUGUUGACAUGGAAGGUCAGGUACAAUAUUGCUCUUGGCUUGGUCUCUGCUCUGCUCUAUCUUCAUGAAGAGUGGGAGCAAUGCGUCGUGCAUAGAGAUAUUAAAUACAGUAACGUUAUGUUGGAUUCUAGCUUCCAAACUAAAUUAGGAGAUUUUGGGUUGGCCAAGCUUGUAGAGCAUGAGCAAGGGGCAGAGAUAACAGAGGUGUUGGCCGGUACGAAGGGUUACAUGGCUCCUGAAUACGCAGUUAAUGGGAAAGCUAGCAAAGAAUCUGAUGUUUAUAGCUUCGGAGUUGUUGCCUUGGAAAUUGCAUGUGGGAGAAGGGCUGUAGAACCAUCUGCUGGACAAGGUAAAGUAAUAUUGGUAGAUUGGGUGCGGGAGCUCUAUGGACAAGGAAUGCUUCGUGAAGCAAUAGACCCGAGGCUCACGAGUACAGAAAAUUUUGAUGAAAAGCAGGUGGAGCACUUGAUGGUUGUCGGGCUCUGGUGUGUUCACCCCGACUACAAUCGUCGACCUUCUAUGAGGGAAGUGAUGCAUGUUCUUAGAUUCGAAGCUCAAUUGCUUGUAAUCCCAUCCAAGAUAUCAUUACCUACUUUUGCCCUGCCACCAGACGCAUCUGUACUUGAAAUAUCAUCAUCUGCAGCAGGUUCCUCCUCCAAGUCAACCAUGUUCUCUACUGAUGCUUCUCCUGCUUCAUCGCUGUUGCAUUCUUGCUGAGUUGGAGGUUACACGUAUUGCUGGUGCAAAUAUGCUAUGUAUGUUUGGCAGAGUUGUUUUCCCUUCUUUUUCUUUUUCUUUCUUGCUUAUAUUUGAAUAAUAAUAUAUUAUCUCUAUAAAUGUCAAAUAUUGUGGGGUUUGCUUUUGUUCUGA